AUGGGAAUCAGAAUCGAUCCGCGCGCGCGUCUCGUCGUCGGCUCCGCGGCGAUGGAGAACAUCACCAAACGCGGCGGCGGUCCGCACCACAUGCACCGCGCGGCGUUCGACGGCGCGCUGGACAAAAACGGCCGCGCGUCGUACGUUCGAUUCGAGUUCCCGUUCGCGAAGGUCCCGUCCACCGGGGGCGAAUCCGAGGCGUCGAGCGCGGCGGACGAUUCUUCCGACGCGCGCGCGCGCGAACCCACCGCGCCCUUCCCAAUCCGGGGCCACUUCGACGCCGCGACGCCGUGGAAGCUGGACGACCCCGCGCUCGCGACGGACGCAUGGGCGCCGCAGACGAACUUCGCGCGCUUCCACUACAUCAUGCGCGACCUCACGAACGAUCCCGCGGGCGCGAGCGGGCCUUGGGACGAGCGCGGCGAGUCCACGCUCAACCCCCAGAUGGACGCCGCGGAGCGGUACUACCAGCCCAUCAAAAACCACCCGCACGACGCGACGACGCCGCUGGAGAAGAAGCUCGUCCCGACCAAGGCGCGCACGCAGACGACGACGCGGUUCAAGUCGUACCAGAGUGAAUCGAUCGUCUCCGAGCCCGUGAAUAUUCGCGACCUCGCCGCGUACGUCAAGACGAUGCGUCCUCGGUGCGCGCACGACCUCAAGCCGAUGUGCUACCUCCUGCAGUCGCUGACGGAGCAGCUUCUGGACGACAAGAUCGCGUUCGCGGCGGAGGAGCGAGAGGCGCUGCGGAAGGAGCUGAGGAAGAAGAGCGACAGGCUCGACGCGUACGUGCGCGCGUGCGGCGCGGACGCGCCGGAGCGCGCGGAGGAGGCGGCGGCGGCGAAGAUUCAAGCCGCCGCGAGGAGCCGCGCGGCGCGGAAGCGAGCGGACGCGAAGCGUCGCGAGAGGGAGGCGAAGCGUCGCGGGAGCGCGGCGACGCGGAUACAAGCGGCGCACCGGGGAAACAUGGCGAGGAAGAAGGUGAAAGAGAUGAAGGGGUAGCGCUCAUCAACUUGUGUAUCUUAUAGCGGCGAGGAGAUCAGAUC